UGCCCCCCACCAACCGCCCUUGCUUUAGCUGGAAGCCUCUUAUCCAUUAACGACCUAUGACCCAUUACAGUACUGAAUGUCAGGUAGAGAGAGAGAGAGAUAAAAAAGAUAAAUUGGCGAUGGAAGUGAGUAAAAGAAGAGGAGGGGUUAAAGGGAGUGUGGUUGCAGGGUCUGUGUGGGAGAGCAGAAUGAAGAGUGAUGAAGUGAGAGGGGGAAUCAAGGUCUUCAAUGCAGAAGAAAAUCCUGCAGAAGGAGUAGGGAAUGGUGGUUCCAAAUUGAAAAGAAUUGGAUGUGCUACUUCUGGAAAGAGAAAAACUUGGAAAUCAGAGAGCUCUGAGGGGUUAGACAAGAGCCCAAUUCAGGUAACAAAAGGAAAACCAGAGAGCCAGAAGAAUUCAGAGGAGCAGUGCAAGGAGCUGAACAUUUCUUCUUCUGAUGGAAUCAAGAAGAGCCCAAUUCACACCAGAAAGAUUGGUGCUUCUGCAGAUAAAUUUGAGAGAAGCCCAAUUCACACCAGAAAGCUAAGAUCUGAAACACAGAAGGGUGCUACAGAGCUUGGCAAAGAAAGUGGUGAAUCAGGUGAGGGGCAUGAGAGGAAUUCAGGGUUGUUGAGGAAGAGCAAAUCAGAUUCAAUUAAGAAGAAUGCUUCUGGGUCUGUCAAUAAUUCAGUUCAAUUGAGGAAGACGAAAUCCCAGUGUGAUCAAGUUCCAGAUGAAUCAAGAAAUGGGAUCGAUGGAUCUGAUGGUGGGUGGGAAAAGAUUGAAGUUGAGAAUGUGAUGAAGGAAACUACUGACGAAAAUUGCAAGGAUUUUGAUGAUGUGUGCCAAGAGAAGGUGAUGUCAAGCAUUUCAGACAAUGUCGGUGUUGUCAAAAGUUCAUCAGAAUUGCCUGUUCGGGUUGGUGGUGAUUCAGAUUAUGUUAUUGAUGAUGAAGGAGAUGAAGAGGUGGAGGAAGAGGUGGUGGAAGAACAGGUUGAGAUUGAGAUGGAAAAUGAGAGCUUUGAUGUGAAGGAAAUUAGUAUUCCAGAAUCCAAGGUUAAGAAGGUCGUGAAUGAACCAGAGAAGAAGAUUGUGAAUGAACUGGAGAAGAAGGUUGUGAAUGAACCGGAGAAGAAGCUGGCUGUGAAUGAACUGGAGAAGAAGGUUGUGAAUGAACCGGAGAAGAAGGUUGUGAACAAAUUAGAACCAAAGAAGGUUGUGAACGAACCAGAACCAAAGAAGGUUGUGAGUGCUCACAUGCGAUUUCAUCACAGAAAUGAAAGAAGACCAGUUUCUGUCCCUCCUGCUCUGAAGCAAUCUCCUACAAUUAGAAGGAAUUCUACAAUUUACCAAAAUAUCUCCGAAGCAAAUUCAAUUCCAAAGCCAGAAGAAUGCCAUAGCUUUCCACAAACCCAAAGCAAGUUGCAGAGUCUAGUGGAUUUAGUCAUGUGGAGAGAUGUUUCAAGAUCAGCAUUUGUCUUCGGGAUUGGAACAUUCAGUAUAGUCUCUUCUUCUUAUGCAAAGGAUAUCAACCUGAGUCUUAUUUCUGUGAUGUCCUACAUAGGCCUUGUCUAUCUCGCUGUUAUCUUCCUCUAUAGAUCCCUAAUUUGCAGGGGAGUCAUAGACGUAGAGGACUCAAAUUAUGUACUGGGAGAAAAAGAUGCAAUUUGGAUGCUAAAAUUGAUCCUCCCUUACUUGAAUGAAUUCCUGUCAAAACUCAAAGCCCUGUUUUCUGGAGAUCCGGGUACCACAAUUAAGUUGGCAGUUUUGCUUUUUGUUUUGGCCAGAUGUGGCAGACUCAUAACCAUUUGGAAGAUGGCCAAAUUCGGCUUCUUUGGGGUUUUUACCGUACCGAAGAUCUGCUCUUCCUAUUCUGCACAGUUAACUGCUUAUGCAAAUUUUUGGAUUCGUCGAUUCCGGGAUGCAUGGGAUUCAUGCACUCACAAGAAAGCCGUGGCUCUUGGCAUCUUCGGGCUUGUUUGGAAUUUGUCAUCAGUUGUUGCUCGCAUUUGGGCAGUUUUCAUGUUAUUUGUGGCCUUCAGAUAUUAUCAACAACAUUAUUUGGUGAGAGAUGAAUGGGUGGAAGACGAAGCAGGAUGCGAUGAAACAUUGCAAGAACCAGUUGGAGUUGGACAGAAACAAGGACUUGCAGCCAAAUUCGUUGAUAUCAAUAAAGUAAAGAAAGGAUUCUAAAAGUGUGUGUUGAGGAUGGUAGCUAGUGGUACCACAUUAUUUCAGUAGGCUUGCCCGGUUGCAUGCACUGUGCCACUGCCAUUUUCCCUUUUGAACUUUUUCUUUGCUUUACUUUUUUUCAGUUUCACAUUAAAGUUUAUUUCUCUCUAUAUAUAUAUAGGUUAAUUUAGUUAACUAAUCUAU